AUGAACACUCCAGAUGAAUUUUAUACAAUUCUGUGUAAACUUCAUACAGACUUGUGUACAAUGGAUAAACCUAUGACUUAUACUACUAAUAUUAACGGUAGUAGUAGUAUUAGUAGUUGUGAUAUCAGUAAUUCAUCUGAAGUCAAUUCUAUCAAUCAUUUGUAUAUGAUUGUAAAAGAACGUUAUCACUUAUGGUCUAGUGCUGAUCACCUAAUCCAUGGACGAUUAUUAGAUGAAAAGAUCACUUUGAAAGUGUUGAAGGCAAUCCAUGCAUCAAUGAAUCACGGUGAUGAUGAUGACAAUGAUGAUAUUGAUGCUGCUCUUAAGCAACAGUCAGAGUCAUUGUCGCAUAUGACAACACAUCAGGAUAUAUUUCAGUAUUUAAUAAAUAUCCCUAUACCAUCUACUUCUGGUGUCAAUCUCACCUUUACUACUACUACUACUGUGAAUAGUAACACAAAAACAUCGCUUACUGGUGAUACUCCGAGUAAAAAAGUGUCACCGGCGAAUUCAGACCUCCUUAUGCCUAUUUCGUCGACAGUACAGUCAGUCAAAGGAAAGAAAUCGGCAGAUUGUUCACCGAAAAAUACUAACAGGACUAAGUCGGUUGAGUGUAUAGUCACUGGAAAACUUGAUAAUACACUAGUUGAUUCUAUAAGUACCAAGGCACAAAAUCAAAAACCGAUAACAUUCUCACAGCAUGAAUACAAAUUACGCCUAAUCGACAUUCUUUCACGUUAUGGUCGACUUAUUGCUGAACGUGUAAUUUGUUUCAAUUCCCUAUAUAAUAAUAAUCAUAAUAAUAAUAUCAUUGAUUCCCGACAAAAACCUUCCAACUGGUCAUUAUGUCAUCUAUUGCAAUCACAAAUGAAAAUUACUCAUCAGUUUAAUAAUAAUGAUUCUACAACAGAUUGCAUAUCUAUCUUAACAUUUUCUGAAUUAUUUAAACAUCUUGAUGAUAUUUAUCAACGUUUGAUUAAACUGACUAGUCCGACACCGACAGCAAAUGAUACAAUUGGUGUCAAUGUCAGAUUAGGCAAUCAAGCACUGCCUAGCUGGCUUUUAUUAUCAUCAUCUGUUGAUGGAAAGUUGAGUAAAAAUUUUUCAAAAUUAGGCAAUAUGAAUUGCGGUUCUGUUGGUGGACGUUUAGUCGCCUUCUUUAUUCUUUAUAUGAUUGUUAAAAAACAAUAUCAUGAAGCGGUUGGCUAUUUUAUUCGUCUUUUAUAUCAGAUUGAUGAACCACCUGUUGGAGCAUUAAGAGGUGUUAUAAAUUGUGCAAUUCCAUCGACGUCUACAUCUUCAUUUGGUAUUCGACGUCCAUGUCAUGCCACCUUGGAGAAUUCUAUGAAAACAGCUAGAUCAGCUCAUCCAUGGUUACUUUGGCUUUUAAGACAAAUUGGUUGGAAUGAUAUAGCUGCCUAUCUGGAGCAACAAACACCAGUAUUAUUCCCAGGAGGAGAUUACACUCUGUUAGGAGAUCAUGUUUAA